GAAAUGCUAUUGUGAUUUGUCAAAGAACCGAUAACCUAAUAGUUAUAUGAAUUAUUAGGAAAAGUUUCGUAUAACGUUUCGUAAAUGAAAUCGAUAUUUCAAGUUUAUAUUUUUAUAUGGUGAAAAUGGCCCAUGCUCCGUUACCAAAGCUUAUCUGUGAACAAAUAAAUACAUUUAAGAUGUGUCCCACAGACUUCACUACAUCUACUGCCUUAUCCGAUGUGUUAAAAUCGGACCCAGUGAAACGGCUGUUUAAUCAACCAAAUAUUGUUAUUAAGACAAUUCCUUUACAAAUAAAUGCACCUUUUACCUCGGAUGAUAAUGUUAUUGCAAACAAACAGAAUAAUUUAGAUUCAAAUUUGAGCGAAUCAAAACAAGCAGAAUUAUCGGUAAUUCCUUUACAGAUGGAUCAAGAAGAUAAUAAAGAAGAUGAAAAUCUUUUACCUUCUAAAAGACAAGGUAAAUCAGAAAUUACGUUAGUGCCUAUUAAAAGGGAGAAGAAAUCUUGUGGUCAUUAUGAACCCUGUGAGAGCAUUGUUUGCGAUGUGGCAGUACAACAAUACGUGGAUCUUGAAGGAGCAUCGCCUAUGUUAGCUAUUAACAUAGAGGACGACGAAAUAAAUGCACCUGUCUCUAAACAUUGCACAAAUGACAGAUGCGAUGCUUUGAGUAUAGAUCAUGAUCGAUGUCGCAGAGCUAUUGUAAGGCUAAAUAGGUGUAAUGAAUCUACAGUAUGUGACAUUUGUGGUAUCGUGUUAAAAACAAGAAGAUCUCGUAUAUCCCAUAAAAGUUGUAAAAGAAGAAACGAAUAUAGACAUAAUGAAACAAAUGGUGCUCAGGUAUUAAAAGAAAAGAUGCGCGAAAGAGAAAUUCAGAUGUUAGAAGCUUCUAAAGGAAAAAAAAGUGAUCAUAAGGAUCCUGUUGCAGAGUAUAAUCUUGCAAUGGAAACAUUAAAAAAUAACAAGGAAUUAAUUGUGAUUCCAAAGUCAGUUCCUUCGCAGCAACCAGAUAUUUCUAUAAAUCUUAUGUCUACGAAUCAAUCUACUUCAGAAACUGACUAUGUAAAUACUGUACUGGGAAAAUGUUUACCCAAUAUACCAAUUGUAUUACCGCAACAAAGUAUAUUCUUUGGUAAAACUCCAAGUUCCAAUGGAAAUAGCACAACUCCUCCGAUACAAAUAACUUUACCUAAUACUUUGAAUAUACCGCUUGUAUCGACAAGUGGUACAGGACCUUUACCCCAAAAUCAGUAUAUUACAAUUUCGACACAAAAUAAUGCACAGCCAAUAACGAUAAAUGAUUUGCUGUUGUCACAGUCACAAUUUGUGACAACACCGAUUCAACCCAAACCACUGUUAACUCCUAUACGUGUUGUGCCUAUAACUAAUUUACUAACACAACCAUCGUUGUUACAUCAAACUCAAGGUAUACCAAAGUUUUGUAUCAUGGCAGACAAUACAGUACCACCGCCAUUAGCUGUACCGAAUCCGCAGCCUAUUCAACCUGCAGUAUCUGUGCCAAAGGUUGAAAAUUCAGAUAAUGAUAAAGCAAAAUUACAGACAAGGAAGAAAAUAAUAAGAAAAAAACGUCAACAUAAACAUAAAAGUUUCAAGUGUACCUAUUGCUUUAAAAGUUUUAGCACAGAUUGGUAUUUUAAAGUACAUGUUGCUAAGCAUACAGGCGAGAUGCAACAUCCUUGUAAAAUAUGUACAAUGUGUUUCAACACUCGUUCUGAUAUGAAAAAGCAUAUGUCAGAUGAACAUAAAGCUGGGAAUACUUCUCCUGAUCUGGAUAAUCAGCAAACUAUCGAAGGCUCCUAUAAAUGUUUAGACUGUAAUAUCGUGUAUACAGACAUUGAUCAUUUAAAACAUCAUAAACAGAAAUGUCAUAAUAAAGUAGAAUGCGCAUUUUGCCACGACGAAGUUUUAGCAGAGGACUUAGAUAGGCAUAUUGACUUAAUGCACAAACAUAUAAAGGACGAAAACGCGAUGGAAGAAACUGAUAAUGACGAGAGUAGUUCUGAUAAAAGAGAUAAACUAAAAGUUCCUUUGAAUACUACGGAAGAUGACAACAAAUCAAAUGGAUACGUUUGUACUACAGAUUAAAACAUUAUUAGGAACAUUAAAAUAAUAUACUGUGAAACAUUCCAAUUUAGCCACUCAUUACAGUUGAAACAAAAAAGGAGAAAGAUAAUAGUUUACGUACAUUGAAAGUAUGUUUGUUAAAAAUUUUGAAUAAAUUAAUUAUAUUUAUAAAA